AUGCCGUAUAACCGGAGUGACAAAAAUAAAAUAGCUUCACCGUUAACCAUUGUCGACAAAAUAGACAACACCAGUGCUGUCAAGAUGACCGACACAAGUGAAAUUAACGAAAAACCAAACAGAUCCAGUAAAACGUUGUCGCUGUUCAACGCAGCGUCAGUGUGCCUAUUAAAUGUGUUGGACAUUUUGCUUCUGAUCAUCAUCACGCCGUACAGCGUUUAUCGAUACGCUUCCGCGGAUGAUCACAUGAAAAUUAUCCUACGCACUAUCAUGGAAGUCACGCUAGAAUUGUUAAUGUGGACUGUUUUCGCCGGCGUGUCCAUAUUGAUGACUAUAUUCUUGCUCGAGGACAAAGAAAAAAGCGACACAAAGGAAAUGAUCAGCCUGCCAGUGGCGUUGUCGCGAGGCUACAUCAUCAAGCCGUCAAACGACCUCACCGUUGACAAGAGAUUUCUCAACGAUGUGCACACAGUGGUCCACAAUUUAACAGAAUCCACCAUGUUGAAGGAGAAAGCUGUGGUCGAGUCUGCGUCCGCCAUUGGUACGACAAAAUUCAACAUGUUGAAGAGCAUCAACAAAGCCAGUGACCAUGAAAUCGUAAACACGCUAAUCAACGUAAAAUUGGCUCUGCUGGAAGCCCUCAAAGCAGCGAAGAUCGAAUUUAUCAAAACUUUUGCGAAUAAGGGGAUGCUUUUGUUCGAGCAAAUACCGGCUAAAUAUUUCGCUGAUCUAAUGGAGUCGCCGUUCUUCGAUUUCGUAAUGGACACGAUUCUAGCACUCGUCAUUCGACAACGAUACCGAGCACACGAAGGAACAUCCAGCAUAAACGACACCGACGUAUUCCAUCAGAAAGUGGCAGUCCGCGUUCGAUCUCGAUCGAUACCAUUGACGACAAAACCUUGCCCUUUGCGCUUCUUUAACCUAGCAGAGGGCAAACACUUCUGGAGAGGUACUUAUAAUGGACAAUGGAGAGGACCGUUCCGUCCACCAGGUCCACCUUUUCAACCACCGCCAGUACAACAAUUUCCACCGCCAGGACAACAAUUUCCACCGCCAGGACAACAAUUUCCACCACCAGGACAACAAUUUCCAUCGUCUGGACCACCAAACCUGUUACCUGUUGGCGAGCUAGGAAGACCACCCUUCCAAAAUUGGAAUCAAUUUCAACAAACUAAUAUGGUCGACGUCAGUAAAGCUGAAUGGGUUUGCCAAAAUCCGAAAACAGGCGAUAUGAUGUUUAUUACUAGUGUUGAUGGGCAACCGUCUCAAACCGAAGUAUGGCCGAAUACAAGUGAAGACCCUAAUGCUAAUGGAUAUAACAAUCAAGGAAAUCCUCACAAUGGAAAUAAUAAUCAAGGAAAUCCUCACAAUGGAAAUAAUAAUCAAGGAAAUCCUCACAAUGGAAAUAACAAUCAAGGAAAUCCUCACAAUGGAAAUUCCAAUACUGUAAACCCUAAUAAUGAACAUAAUGUACAACCAACUCUACAACCCAGUACAGAUGAACUUUCUCAGCCACAUGGAGGAGAAGGUCUUAUUGAUAUUCGGAUGGGUGCCGCAAGGUAAAUGAAAUAAAAGUGGACAUAUUCAGAAAAACUUGGAGAUGACUGUAAAGGACAAAAAUAAAAAACUACAAUCUUCUGUUCUCAAAA